AUGGCACCACUUCGACGAUACCUACGGAUUACAAAGCAUUCUGUUCUCGAGGUUCGCAUCUAUCUUGACCGACCCGCUGAUGCUGAGGCAUGGCUGUUGAAGCGCGACGACCCAGCACUACCACGCGUCAUUGAGGCUAUACGACCGCUUGUACUGCCCAAGCUCCGAGAGGAAAACGAGCGGGGUAGAGGCCGAGGUAGUGCCAAAUCUAAAAAGAAGGGAGUAAAGGACGUCGUCGUUGAAGAUGAUUUCGAGGUUUCCAUCUUUUUGACGGACCUAUCCUCCCGGCACUCCGUUCUGACCAAGCAAAAGAUCUUCAAAGACAAGGCCCGCAUCCAAAGCAAUUCCGGGAAACUCACCAACUGGCUGACAAGUGGAACUAGCGAUCAGCCUGUCGUUAUCAACGAAGAUGGCGCAGAUCCGAUCGUUAUCAGAGAAGAAGACGAUGACGAGCCCAUCAAUCUUGCUGACAUCCCGGCAGCUGACCAAUCUGGGAAACAGCCUAAGCGUUCAGCACGUCAAAGACGCCGAAGGAACGAGGAUGAGGAUGCUGCACUCAGCAAUCGCAGCGAUAGCGAAGGUUCGGAUUUGUUUGUCCCUGAGCCCACCAAUCGACGUCGGACCAAGGCUCGUACACAGGACGAAGACCAGGAUAGUGACGAGGAGACACAUGCGGAUGAUAAGAAGAAGCUUGGUCUCAACACAUCAUAUGAUGGCUUCAGUAUCUACGGCCGUAUACUGUGUCUUGUCAUUAAGCGCCGUGGCGCACGAAACGUGGCAGGACCAAGUGGUGCAAAUUCAAGCCAGGCUAUGCUAGAGAAUUGGGUUUCGACACAAGCUGUGGCAGAGCAGCUCGACGACGAUGAGGACACUAUGUGA